AUGGAGCAUCAGAAAAGCUACGUAUAUGAGCCACCUUCGACAGAAGAGCGGGCGCCAAAGCGACAAAGAACCGGCAAAUUCGACCCGCAGGCGCAACUACCAGAACGGCUAGCCAGGUAUCGGGAGUUGUGGGCACAGCAAGACGAGCGCAUUCAAAGUACUUUGGAAGGGGCAGAUAGCGCCACCCAGGAAAAGAUUGUCAACUUCAUCUCCGCUUCCAGCGCAUCGCCAGAUGAGCCCAAGUUUGCCAUACCAACAGCGCUCAUCGUUGCUGGUCCUAGCAUUGCAUCCCAUGGACCUUUUUUCCAGCGUUUGGGUCGGGGCAUCAGAGCUGAAAAUUGCGCAUACACUGUGCUAACGUCCAGCGAAUGUCCAAAUUUGAAGACGCUGCUGAAAACGCUCAUCAAGACGGUUACUUCGCGCGUGGACGAGGAUGAGGAUGAUGUAGACCGUCCAGCUACGUCUUCGAGACAUGGUCCAAAGUUACUUAACUACGAUCUUGGCCAUGUUCAGGAAUGGCAAAAGAAGAAUCGCGCUUCUAGCAUCGUUGUCGCUUUGCAGGAUAGUGAGGCUUUCGACGUCGCACUACUCGUCGAUGUAGUUGAUCUUCUUCACUCAUGGCUCGAUCGUCUACCUUUUGUUCUACUCUUUGGCAUUGCUACUUCGGCAGAGAGCUUCGAGGAGCGUCUGGCAGGCAAUUCACUCCGCUACCUUGAAGGCCAGAAGUUUGACGUUACCCAAUCUGAUGAGAUCAUCGAGAAGCUGUUUCGCGCGACGGUUGCCAGCACAGAUUCUCGACUUCACAUUGGACCCAACCUCUGUCGACGUAUGUUGGAUCGACAGAAAGAUCAUGUUCAGAACACACAAGAUUUCUGUGAUGGGCUGAAGUACGCUUACAUGUCGCACUUUUAUGCCAGCGUGCCCAGCAUCUUCCUUACAAAUGAUGUUGCCUCUGGAGACCUGUCAGCGGAUGCGUUCGAAGCUGUUCGCACUCUGCCCUCGUUUCGUCGUUGGGUUGAGAGUAUGUUAGAGGCUGGUCAGGCACAAGAUGUACGAAGGGUACUGGAAGAUAACAAAUACCUGUUCGACCAGAUUGCACAUCAUCUGCAAUCUGGCCAACGCGCCAUGAUAUCAUUGAGCCACGCUGCAGAAGUACUAGCGAACAUCCGCGAGUCGCUUCAGAUGUCACCCAGCGUCCGGCUUUCAUCUAUCUGGACCCGAGCAGCAGCUGGCGAGCUAGCUGGGUCGCCCCUGAUCCGCGAAACAAUGUUAUCCAUCAAGAAGAUUCCAUCCGACAGACUGGUACAUUUGCUAGCAUCGCUACGAGAUCUUGAAGACGACAACCUCUCGUUGGGCAUUGCUUCAGCUCAGCAGACGCUCGACACCCUGCUACAAAACGCCGAUGCACCACUCCGAACGCAGCACGAUGUCCGCAACGACAGUGUACGAACCACCGUCGUGGCACAAAAAGUACUUCUGAGCAAGCACAAAGCUGCCCUGUCCGAGCAAGACAAGGCAUACUCAGACCUGGUUACGGAAUUCCACGACAAGCUCGAGGCGUAUUUCACCUCCUCGUUCAUCGACCCGAAGACGUUGACUCUGAAUGAGCUCUUCAUAUACGACCUAAAGUCACCACACACAGAGGUCUUCCAACCCAAGCCGCGCUUUGCUGUUGAGCGUGCACUAGCUUCACCUCACGACUAUCUGGGCUGCGAAUGCUGUAGUGGAGUCGAUGGAAACCCGGCAGCUCUUUCUGCAACACAACCCGCAACAGCCAUUGUGUAUCAGAUGUACCUCGAGUCCGGCACGUUGAUUAAUGUCACCGAUUUGUGGUCGGCGUUCAACGCCAUUGCAGGAGACGGAACAGAAGAGAAUGAGCCCAACACCAUGGCACUAUUCCAGCGAGCACUAGCCGAACUGAGAUACCUCGGCCUCGUCAAACCCAGUCGAAAGAAGACAGACCACAUUUCAAAGAUCAUGUGGAAAGGACUUUGA